CACACACAACUUGUCCACUUUUUCCCCGAAUUUUACCACCCAAUCAAAACAAAGUCUCUCUUUCCUCUUCUUCUUCUUCUUCACCUCCUCUCUCUCCUUUUACAAUUUUUAUUAUACCUUUGAAUCUCCCAGAUUUCACCAAAAAGAAAUAUUUUUUAAUUGGAAUCCGCGUGUAACAGAGGAUAAGCGAUUAUGGGUUCGAUCUCUUUGUCCAAUUCUAUGCCCAUAACGCGACUUCCUCUACUUACAUCACUCAAUCAAUGCCUUCCUCCGACUCCUACCUCCUUCUCCCUUUCUCCUCUCUCGAAUCGUCGUCGCUCCACUUUCUCCCCUUUAAUCGCCGCAUCUGCCGUCUUCGCAGCUCCUGCCGGCGUUAAUAACUCCGUUCCCGCAAGAAACGGGGGCUACACAGUUGGGGAUUUCAUGACAGGGAGACAGUAUUUGCAUGUUGUUAAGCCCUCGACCUCGGUUGAUGAUGCAUUGGAACUUCUGGUUGAGAAGAAAGUCACGGGAUUGCCUGUAAUUGAUGAUGAUUGGAAUCUGGUUGGCGUUGUUUCUGAUUACGAUUUGCUUGCACUGGACUCCAUUUCUGGCCGCAGCCAAAAUGAUACAAACUUGUUUCCUAACGUCGACAGUACCUGGAAAACGUUUAACGAGCUCCAGAAACUGAUAAGCAAGACACACGGAAAAGUCGUUGGAGACUUGAUGACGCCUUCUCCUCUGGUUGUCCGUGGUUCUACCAAUUUAGAAGAUGCAGCCAGGCUGCUUCUCGAAACAAAGUUCCGAAGAUUACCAGUGGUGGAUUCAGAUGGAAAACUGAUCGGGAUUCUUACAAGGGGGAAUGUCGUAAGGGCCGCACUGCAGAUCAAGCGGGAAACCGAGAACUCUACAUAGCUAAAGAGCAACAGUUAUAGAGCAGAGCUCUUAAAUCUGCCAUAGUUAAAUAGCAAAUGUGUUUAUUCCAUUGAUAAGUAUAUAUAAUAUAUAUAUGUGUACCCUCAUUCCCUCUGUUCUCUACCCUCCACAAGCAAAUUUUCCUCCAGGAGUAACAUUUCUGAGACUAAAGAAUUCAAGACGAUUGCUAUCUAAUUACAUACUGUAUUUAUUGUAAUUUGUAAGCACGAGUCUCUACUUUUAUCACCAAACACAAAGACCAAACAUAAUCGAACUCUGAUUUUGCUCUGUUUUUAAUAUUCUCUCACUUAGCUCUGCUGAAGUC